AUGGCUGAUUUACCUUCUUCGAGAGUGAAUCCCGGAAGACCAUUUCUUAAAUGCGGAACUGACUUUUCAGGACCAUUCUUGAUCAGCCCUAGACGUAGUAGAGGAGUUAAACCCUUGGAAAUGUACGUGUGUGUGUUUGCAACGAAACACACACACGUACAUUUCCAAGGUAUUCCAUUCUUUGUAUGCUUUGCAACGAAAGCCGUCCAUUUAGAACUUGUUAGUGACCUUAGUGCUCAGGCAUGUAUUGCAGCUCUGAAACGAUUCAUAGGACGACGAUUAAAGCCACCUGAAAUAUUCAGUGAUUGUGGAACGAACUUUAUCGGUGUAAAGAAUUACUUAACAGCGUGUAAGAUGGAGGCACUUGGUACUUACUUGACCAACGAAGGCGUUAUAUGGACAAUGAAUGUUCCAUCAGCCCCUCAUUUUGGAGGCCUAUGGAAGGCUGCCGUUAAAUCCAUGAAGUUUUGCAUGAGACCUGUUUAA